CACACACCUUCAGAAAAGAGGAUCCCUCAACAGACCUUUCCUCUGACUUCAACUAAUAUUCACCUGAACCUCGCAGCUAAGUGUUAACAAGACAACAUGGCGGCUGGCGUCAUCAGAAACUUCCUCCUUCAGGCCCCGAUUCCAUCUUACUUUCCUCUGAUUUUCCAGCACUCUCCAUGUACGGAAGAUGAAGAUGUGGAGAUGCUGGAGGAAAAGCCAGAGUUGAGGGAAGAUGAGGAGGAAAGAGAGAUGGAGGAGGAGGAUGAAGAGGACGAAGAUGAAGAAUCUGAAGCUCAGGAGGAAGAGGAGGAAUGUUUGGAGGAGGUUUUCUUGAAUCCUGCCUACUUCUCUUUGGAUGUGACCAAGCAGCUGCUCAGGUUUGCAGAUCUCAUCAGCCGGGACGUCCAGCGGUACUUCGGUCGCUGCUCAGGUGAUCAGGAAGCUUGUGACAUCUACAGCGACUCGGUGUCCGUGAAAACCAGCGGUCGUCUGCGUUACUAUGACGACCUGCUGAAAAUUGCAAGAGCUGGAAGUCCAGAGGAGCCAGAGAACAGCUUGAAGACUUGUGCUGAGGAUCGAGGAGACAGGGUUGCUAAGGGCAGCGGUCUGGGGCCCCUGGCUGAACUGUUCAAGCACAAGGGCCCGAGUCAGGUCCGCUGCAGACCCAUGGUCCAGAGACAUCUCCCUCUCAGUUUCUGGACCGAGCCGAGCCCUUGCUGCUCUCUGGUCAGUUUCACUAACUCACCUGACCUGACGCACACAAACAGUGACACACAUUCACAGGACAACACAGAUGAUAACACACACAUGCAAUACGACCCGCUCACACACCACAACACACACACCCUCGACAGCACGCAGCUGGACUUCAGCGACCUGCUGGCCAACUGGGAUAACUGCACCCCUAUCCAGCGCCCCUAUUCAGACGAGACAUAA